UUGUCUGCGGCAGGCAUGGGCGUGUCCACGAUCACGGCGGCUCGGAUCCUCAAGGGGCAGCUGCAGAACAAGAUGGGGGAAGCAUAUGUGGCUCUAUCUAAGACCUACAACACCAACGCCCAAGUGCCGGACAGUGCCGGGACGGCCACGGCGUAUCUCUGCGGGGUGAAGGCCAACGAGGGGACGGUGGGGGUAAGCGCGGCCGUGACCCGCGCCCAGUGCAAUACCACGGCCGGCAACGAGGUCACGUCCAUCCUCAAGUGGGCGAAGGAAGCCGGCAAGUCCGUGGGCAUCGUCACCACCACGCGGGUGAACCACGCCACCCCCAGCGCCGCCUAUGCCCACUCUGCCAACAGGGACUGGUACUCAGACAGCGAGAUGCCCCCGGAGGCCAUCCAGCAGGGCUGCAAAGAUCUCGCCCAGCAGCUGGUGGAAAACAUCCCGGACAUGGAGGUGAUCUUGGGCGGGGGCCGGAAAUACAUGUUCCCCAAGAACACCAGUGACGUGGAAUACCCCAGUGAGGACAAGCACCAGGGCACCCGCCUGGAUGGCCAAAACCUCGUUGAUGUCUGGAGAGCGAAGAAGCCCAAAGACAAGCACACCCGGUACGUGUGGAAUCGCACAGAGCUCCUGGCGCUGGACCCGAAGGACGUGGACUUCCUCCUAGGCCUCUUCGAGCCCAUGGACAUGAUGUACGAGCUGGACAGGGACGCUGAGACAGACCCGUCCCUGACGGAGAUGGUGCAGGUGGCCCUCAAAAUCCUCCAGAGAAACCCCCGAGGGUUCUUCCUGCUGGUGGAAGGUGAGAGCCGGGGCACACGGCCCAGUGCCCAAGGGGCGGGGGGUCUAGCGCCGAUGCAGAGCGACGGGGAUAAAAAGCCCCUCACCCCCCCCCCCAGGCUCACCCUUCUGCUCCCCCCAGGUCUAGCACCCAUGCACAGCGACGUGGAUAAAAUGCCCUUCACCGCCAUCCUCUACGGAAACGGCCCCGGGUACAAAGUGGUGUCCGGCGAGAGGGAGAACGUGUCGGCCGUGGAUUACGCUCAUGCCAACUACCAGGCCCAGUCGGCCGUGCCCCUGCGCCAGGAGACCCACGGCGGGGAGGACGUGGCGAUCUUUGCCAAGGGCCCCAUGGCCCACCUCCUGCAUGGUGUGCGGGAGCAGAACUACAUCCCCCACGCCAUGGCCUACGCGGCCUGCAUCGGUCAGAACACAGGCCACUGCCGCUCAGGGGCCCACCACAGCACAGCGGGGCUGCUGCCCUGCCUCUCCACCCUCGCCCCCCUCCUCCUCCUCCAACUCUGGUUUUAAGGGCUCCCCCUCGAUCGGCCCACGUGCUCCAGCCCCAGAGCGGGGCUCUCCAGCUGCCUCGGAUGGAGCUCCUGACCCCCUCAAAGACAGACCUUGGAACCUCUCACCCGUGUGGUGCCCGGCCUACAGGGUUUAACCCUGCUGGGCAAAAUACCAAGGUUACCUUUGUCUGGCCUACAGCCCCCCCUUGUCCCCAGACUUGGCCAGUGGCCGGGAGCCACGGGCAGGAUCAGCAGGGGCGGGGAACGGCAUGAGCGCUCAAGCCCCGCGGAUGCUGCUGGACGGCCUUGGUGAGGAUGCCCCGGAUUCCAAGCUGGCUUCCAGGCCGGAAAUGUUGGGCUGUUUGAUCGCGAUACUCUGGGCUGGUUCCAUGAACCCAGCGGCAGAGACACCAAGGUUCAGUCUGGGGCAGGCUUCUUGGACCCAGAUGUUUUGUAUCUAAAUAACGUUCUUUUGAGCAAAGCUCCCCGAGUCUCACGCAAGCGGUUUUUAAAAAAAAUCAGGCAAACAAAACUCCCAAGUUAGGCAGCGCUCUGUCCGCCCGCCCCGGCUGCAAAUUGCUGUGUCAAUAGAGGGUCCCCUCCGUCAGCAGUGCCCAUGUUUGUCUGCUCCACAACCAGAAGCCAGGUCGAAACGUUGCGGGACGAGGCUUUUGGAAUCUGAAUCCACAUGUGGCUUUUGGCUCUUUGAUUCAUCUGGGGCUGGUGUUUUCGGAGGACCUUCAGGGAAUUCACCGCUGCAGUCAACAGGAGUCGGGACCUGGAUCCAGAUCUAUGAAGGCAUUUAGGCUCCUAAAUCCCUCUGAUUUCAAUGGGAGUUAGGAGCCUAAAUACCUUUGUGGCAGUGGGUCUCCAUUCCCUUUGAAGCUCCAGCCCCCUGUCCGACAGCUCAGGAGUAACGCCCCGAACCCUGCACUGACUCGGCAGGGCCGAAGGAAUCGCUCACAUCCCGAGAGGCAGGCUCCUAGUGGGACUGGGAGGGGCCUCGAGAGCUCAGCUAGUCCAGUUCCCGCCUCCCUCCCCGGCGGGACCGGAUUGAAGUCGGGGGGUUCCAAUCGAUGGAGCCCUCGUAGAUUCCUCCCUUGGUGCAGGCAGAGCAGGUUCUCCCGGCCUAGGCUGGGGUUGCCACGCCGGGCCCAGACCUUGUGCUACAAUUCUGAGGCUCUGCCUCGUCCCGCCCAGCUGCCUUGUAGGACACCACAGAUCUCUGGAGACUGUGUCUGUGGGUCACUUACUGCUGAUGCUGGGAUGUGAAGAAGUGGGACAAAUUGCCAAGCUAGGACAGGAACCCAGGUUGUCAGGCCCAGGGUCAGCCAGGGUCAGCCGUGCUGGGCUGAGGUCUGAGAUUUCCCGCACAAUCAGCCAUUUCUACCACGCUGCCGUGUUGGCCGGGUCCUGCAGUGGAGAAUAAUGUUGGCCAAACUUUCCUCGGCCGUACAAACAGGUGGUUUGCUGUGCUGGGGCCAUGCUGGUCCCGGGCUGUUCCACAGACAAUCCAAAUCCAUCCUUUAUGGGGCUGGCUUCAGCCACAAAAGAGAGACCUGUUCGAGGGUCUCCACCACGGCCAGCUCGCCCCCCCUCCCUCCCCCCGUCUCAUUUCUAUAACAAAGGGCUGUUGCAGUGUCAGGCUGGCUGGUUUUUGAACCAAGCCCAAGGUGAUGACGCAAGAGCCUUAGGAGCCCAAAUCCGAGUUACACUAGUGGGUCUCAGUUGCGUGGAGGGGCUAGGAGGCUGGGCGCGGGCAUUCUCAAAAACUCUUAAGUGCCUUGUGAGACCAGCAAUUGUUUCUCCUGGCGAGCUGAUGUAGAGCAUGGGGGGGUAGUUUGCCAUGACGUGGGGCGAUUAGUUUCUGAGCGUCCAUUAGGAUACCUGAGCUCUGUCAUUUGUUGUCAAGGUUUCACUCAGCUGUUCAAU